UAUAAUAUUGAAAAAAAAAAAUAACAGCCUCGAUCAUAAACUGAUGGAGAGUUCAGGCUCCUGUGUGCGCACUCCCGCUUGGAUGAACGCGGGAGCGCGCACCCCCGUUGAUUAGCAGACACCGGUGGAUCCGCCGCGUGCACGAGGAGCUGUGAGUCCGUUAAUCCGAGCUGCUCCCCGUCUCCAUAGCGACGACGACACCCCGGAAAUACAACACAGCCCGUCAGUGGUGAUCAGCUUAUUAUACCGUGUGUUUAUCUGAAGAGGAACAAUAAACUCACAGCCGAGUUUGUUUGUUUGUUUGUUUGUUUGUUUGUUUGUUUGUUUGUUGAGUCGGUAAACAUGUCGGAGCCUGAGGAGGAGCUCCAGGGAGAGCAGAGAGACAGCAUGAAGAAGAAGAAGAAGAAGAAGAAAGAAAAACCAAGCGCCAAGAAGAAGAAGGAGAAGAAGGAGGAGAAGAAGGAGAAGGAGAAGGAGAAGGAGAAGCGGGAAGAAGAGGAAGAAGAGGAAGAGCAAGUGGAGGAGGAGAAGGAGGAAGAGGAGCACAGUGAGAGUAUUGUGCUGCGUGGGAUCUUCAAACUGGGGAAGAAGAGUCAUGACGUCCUGCUCACCCAAACCAGGCUGACGUGGAUCCCCAUCACCCCGGAGACCCCCACAGGUGAGGCGUGCGUGCUGCAGCCAGGUGUGAUGCUGCUGCAGGACGUGUUUGCGAUAAAGGUGAAGCGCCGGCGAUCGGCGGGCCAGCAGUCAGGGGGACCCGUGCUCGGCGUGGCUCUGUUCUGCUGCAGGAGGAGUGGGAGUAGGCUGAAGGAGGAGACGCUGCACCUCAACAAUGCCUCCGCAGAACACACACACACCUGGUACAACACCCUGAAGGAGAUGCUCACAGUGUCCAGCCGUCGUCCCAGGUAUCUAAAGGUGUUCAUCAACCCCAGCAGCCACAAGAAGGACGCCGUUCACAUCUACAGAGAACAUGUGGCUCCGCUCUUCAAGAUGGCUGACGUCCGCACUGACAUCACCGUGACAGAGAGGAAGGGUCAUGCUCUCUCAGUGAUGAAGGAAUGCAAGCUGGAUGAAUAUGAUGGGGUGGUGUGUGUUGGUGGGGACGGCUCGGUGGCGGAGCUGUGUCACGCUCUGGUCCUCAGAGCUCAGCUGGAUGCUGAUUCUCCAGAGAAACCAGUGAAACCAACGCUGCCACUUGGAAUCAUUCCUGCUGGUUCUACAGACGUGAUUUCCUGUUCUGUUCAUGGAGUCAGAGAUCCAGUCACUGCAGCCCUGCACAUCGUCCUGGGUCACCUGCAGCAGGUGGACAUGUGCAGCUUCUCGUCUCUCGGUCAGUUGGUGCGUUUCGGUUUCUCUGCCAUGUUCGGCUUUGGUGGGCGGAGCUUAGCACGGGCGGAGAAGAAGAGGUGGAUGCCAUCGUCGCGGCGACGAGAGUACGCUCUGGUGAAGACGCUGGCUAGGCUGAGACCAGAGGACUGUCAGCUGUCUUUUCUACCAGCAAAGAAGUCAAACAGAGACCAGGACCAGGACCAGGAUCCAGAGUCAGAAGGCGAGGAGUCUUGGACAACCAAUCAGGGCCUGUAUCUGAGCAUCAGCAUCAUGUCCAUCCCCUGUCUGAGUCCACACGUACCUCAAGGACUGGCUCCAAAUACCAGUUUGGCAAAUGGCAGCGCUGCAUUGAUCGCAGUAGGAAACACUUCCAGGUCAGAGUUCAUCAAACACCUGAAGAGAUACAACAGCUCUAGUGGACAGUUCAGCUUCUCAUUCGUGGAGACGCAAGACGUGUCAGCGGUGAGGAUCCGCCCCAGCUCGCUGAUUGGCUGGUCGGAAGAGGAGAGCGAGGAUGAGGCUGAGUCCAAAACCUCGCCCAUCAUCCAAUCAGAGGGAGCGGCUUUCCCCUGGAACAUCGACGGAGAGCUGGUGGAGAUUGCUAACGAAGUGCUCGUCAGGGUCCACCCGCAGCUCAUCACUCUGUACGGGGAGGAGGUGGACGAGGCCGAGUCGACAGUUUCCUGCAGCUGCAUCUGAGUCCAGCAGAGGCCUCUGUGUGUUGGGACCAAGACACGUCACCAUAGCAACCACAAUGACUCAACAGUGCCCUCUCUAGGUCAUUGCUGUUUCCAUGGUGAUGUGAACUAACGUAGAAGUUUCAUUCAAAGUAGCAAAAACACACAAAAGUAGCGACAGAGCUUUGCAGCUUCCUGUUUACGUCAUAUACGUUUACAUUUAUUGAUUUUUUUUUUUUUUAUUACUGCAGCUAUAAUAA